AUGGCGUCUCCUAAUGCCUUUCUCUCUUCGCCAUCACGGAGCGCCAACCGGAAAUCUCACUUCUUUCGCUCAUCGUCGCCUGACUUACCGGCAAUUGGAGACAUCUUGUCACGCGGCGCCAGGAAUCAGCCACCGAAACGCGACGACCCGGCAUUGGUCAUCUCAUCUGACGAGGAGACGGAAAUCACAAGAGCACGAACUACGCAGGAUGCUGGGUUUUCAUCAAGGUCAACUCGAUCAAUGUCUAAUGGGUUCAAAGCCACGGAAUCUGACGACACUUCGCUGCUCAUCAUUGAUCCUCCCACCGUACGGACCCCUGAGGCUAGAAGGCAUCAUGCAGCGCCUCCUAGAUUCAGGUCGCAGUCUGGCUCUCCCUCUGGCUCUCCCGCAAAGGACCAGCCCUGGAAAAGGUUCAAAUCAAAGGUGAACGGUUCACAGAGUGAUUCCAGUGAUUCAAGGCCGACAGAAAUCGAAAAAGCUGGACCAAUACCGGCUCAGCCUGUAAUUGAGUCAUUGCGGGUUGAGAAUGAUAUCAAUGCGCCACUCAGGCUAGAGCCGGCCAUGAUUCGAAGGCUUGACUGGACUCCUCCAUCCCACAAGACCACGACUAUCCUUAAGCCGAGUUCUCCUGCUCUUGGGGAUCUACAAUCGCCGGGAGAGCCUCGUGGAGGGGCUCAAAACUUUGAGCAGCUUCUCGAAAUCUACAAGUGCCCGGACAAUUUACAGCAGAAUUCUACGACUACCAUGGAUGAAGAUGCCAGCAUAUUCAGAAAGCGAAAGCUUGUCGAACUCGUCAUGACAUCUGCAGCACCCGCAGAUACAUCUCCAGAGGCAGAGCCUAUGGGCCCUCCAAAACAGAAAGCGAAAGCACCGAAGAAGAGACCGCGCACCAUAACAGAGCUUGCCACAUCAGCGUAUAGGGUUCCGGAGCCGCCAGGGCCAGCGCCAUUGAUUGCUGAUGAACCCGCCACGAUCAAGGAGUCAGAUGCCACAACUGUGAAAGGGGCAAACAAGGCGAAGCCCAGAAAGAGGACGUCCAAAGCUUCUGCCGCGAAGAAGAAGAAGCCGGCUCCACCUCCGCCCCCAGUCUUGUUGCCCCCAACAGAGGCGCUGCAAGAAGUCGCCAGGCAAGAUUUUGUUUUUGGGACGUCAAGCCAGUUAGCGGUCGAAACUUCGCCUACUUUUCUACGAGAUCUCCAUGCUGCAAUGAGGCGGUCUAAUCAAGCCGAGUAUAUAGACCUUGACACCCCUGUGAACAGUGACGGCAUCGAGCCGCCAGAACGGAAGAGGUUAUGGGCUGCCGGCGCUCGCGACGUCGACGGAGACUUAUUUGAUGUUGAGUUGAGCAAGAUGAUGGAAAAGUCUUCCCCGCCCUUGCCUGCGCGUUCUGAUGAUGAUCUUUUCGGGUAUACCGGCGUCGACAGAAAGAUUACUUUGCCCAAUCUGAGCAUCAACGUCAACGAAGUCGAGACUAGCUUAGAUGGUGAGCUCCUCGUCGAGCCGGUCAAUGGGUCACCAUCCAAAAGUGUCGAGGCCACCAACUUCCUCAUCGCCGAUGACUCCAUACAGCUGGGUAGUGACAUCUCAACCGGAUCGCCGAUUCCGAGACGAACCAAACCAGCUGCCGAGAGUCCAGCUGCAAAGCCACAAGGCAGCAACAGCGAGGUAAAGCAGGCUGAGACACAGGCUGUAAAGCCCUCUUUCGAACUGUAUACAGAUGCUCGACUCUCCAAAGAAAUUGCCUCUUAUGGUUUCAAGGCAGUCAAGUCGCGACAGGCCAAAAUUGCCUUGCUAGAGCAGUGCUGGCAAGGCAGAAACCAUCCCGUAUCUCCUGCUGCGAGGAGGACCGUCACUACAUCUACAGCUGCAGGAGAGAGUGCUUCACAUAGUGAGGUCAGGACCCCUCGUGGGCGGCCGAGGAAGAAUAGUGGGAGUACACCUGAAGCACAGGAACCUCCACCCUCAGCACAGCCGCCGGUCUCUCCGACCAAGCGUCGAGGCAGGCCUAGGAAGGAUGCUGCUGCCGCUUCUACUGCUGGAAAACGCACUACGGCGAGCGCAUCCAGGGCAAAGAGGACGCCAUCCAAGAGUGUGGCAGACGCACCCACGGCAGGAAAACGCAAAGCACCGCCCGCCAAAAUGGUUGUCGAGAUUCCAGACUCCGCAUCUGAGAGUGACGGCAGUCUAUCGCCGAUCCCAUCACCGUCUCUCGAGUGUGCUUCUUCGCCGCUGCCAGUGGAUCUCUCUGUAUCUGUCAUGGACGACACCGAUCCGUCGCUGGCUAUCCAUCCUACUGAAGAUCAGCCUCUUAGCCAUGAGUACAUCACCAAAGCCGUGACCUCUGCACCGAGGACAACUGACCCUGCAAACCCUUCCUGGCACGAGAAGAUGCUACUUUACGACCCAAUCGUGCUCGAGGAUCUAACAACGUGGCUAAAUUGCGGGCAAUUGACUCGCGUGGGCUUUGACGGCGAGGUGAGCACCAUGGAGGUGAAGCAGUGGUGCGAGUCGAAGAGUGUGUGUUGUUUGUGGAAAGUGAAUUUGCGUGGUAAAGAAAGGAAGCGAUUAUGA